AUGAGUCUUGAUGUACAAUUCGACAUUAUUCGCGUACUAUUGAACAAUCAAAUGUGUUUCAUAUCUCUUGGAAAAAAAUCAAAAGUCAUGUGUAAAUUAUUCAAACAAGUACGUCCAUAUACAGGUGUAUCUGAAACUUUCCUGGGAGCUGAAGGUGCAUCACAAUCGGGUCAUGAAAUGAAUUUUAAGAUGAUUGAAGUCAGCAAUGACAUACAUGAUGCAACAGUGACAGAUACAAUUGAAGACUCCCAAGAACCUGUAUUAAAUUCGGAUAAUGAAAACACAUUAAGCAGGACUACGACAUAUUUAACGUUUGGUCGUUGCAACUGCACUACAUCACAGAAUUUGAAGAAGCUGCUAAAAAGAAGUGAACAGUUGAGGGUUAAAAUGAAAAAAAAGUUUGUAACUAUGAAGAAGGAACUGAAGCAUUUAAAAAAUGAAGUGCGUUUUAAUAAAGAUCUGUCAAAAAUUUUUGAUAAAAAUCAGAUGAAAUUGCUUCUUUAUGACUAUAAAAGAAUGCCAUUGGUCUAA